AUGAACUUCCUCAAGACGUUAGACCAGGCGCUCGAUUUCGAGCGUCUGGAGAAAACUGUGACGGAGAAGGUGCAACAAGCAGCUCUCAGUGUCGUUGAGGAGUUUCCGGACCGCAAUAGAGCUGCACCGACCGGGGCCUUGCUGUCGAUCACCCCAGCUGUUUUGGUUGAGGCGCGUGAGGUAUCAGAGAUAUGGCAAGCAUACGAAAUGGAGCGCCGCAAGGAUGACUGGGAGGCAGCAUGUGCGGAGCUCAAGGUGCUACUCAGCAAGGAUGAAACCGCGCACGUGGCCUGGCAGCGCCGCGCGCAGGACGCAGAGCACAAGCUCUACCAGCUUUACAACUCUCUGCUGGCGCUCCCAGACCCGGCUCCUUUCCUCUACCUUCUCACCACUCUGGCAGCUCGGGUACAGGAGCUCGAGGACGCCAACCGCAAGCUCCAGGCCGCGGCCGACCAGGCUGCCAAGGACGAUGCGGAGGUUGGCAGCCUCAUUGAGAAGCACCAGAAGCUUUUGGAGAGCACCAAGGAGUUGCAGGAGGAGCUCGCUCGUCGUGACGCGCGCAUCUCUGAGAUGUCCGCUGCCGCCUCGGAGGCCGCCGCGGCCCGUCAGGAGAUGAGUCUGCAGGCGGCGGAGAUGGCCCGGCUGCAGCGCUCUCUGCGGGCGGUGCGGGAGGAGUACGAGGCCACCCAGCAGUCCCUGUUCGAGCUGCAGAGCCGGAUGGAGAGUCUGGCGGGGAGCAGGCAGCAGGAGGCGGAACUGGCCAGCGAGGAAUUGGACAGGGUGACUAAGAGGGCUGCGGAGUUGGAGAUGGAGCGACAGCAGCUGAUCUGCAGGCUGGAGAACGCGCAGCGGCAGGUGGCAGUAGCAGCUGCAGGUGCAGCUCCAGCAGCAGCAGGCGGGCUGGGGGUAGAUGCAGCCCUCCCUGCUGCUGCGGCGGGCAGCGGUGGCAGUGUCGGGGCGAGUACGACACCUGGCAGCGGCGGUGCAGGUGGUGCUGGUGGCGGUCUGCUUGGUGGUGACUAUGUGUUGUUGGAAAGGCAGUUGGCGGUUAGGGAGGAGCAGGUUAGCGCGCUGAGCUCCUCCCUGGAGGCCGUACAGCGGGGCGCCGCUGACGCCGCCUCCCGACACGCGCUGGAGCUGGCCACGCUCCGAGACCAGCUGUCCACCACCCGCCUGGCUCUGGAUAGGUUGGAGAGGGAGGUGGCCCGGAGACCCGACCCCACGGAGUACCAGGAGCUGCGGCGGCGUGCUGAGGCUCUUCAGUCGCUGGUGGACGUGCAGAUGCAGGCGGAGGGUUGGAGUGGGGAGCAGGUGGAGGCAACUCUGCGGGAUCUCAACGCACAAACCGUGACUAGCGUACUGCAGGAGCGCUCCAGGAAGUUGUCCUCCGAAGUCAGCUCGCUGAAGAGACAGAUGGCGGAGCGAGACAAGCAGCCGGCCACCAGCAGCCUCUUGUUACCACAGCUGUCCGGGUCGUUGGGGGUCCUGGUGACGAGUCCAAGCGGGGUAGACCUGACCGGGGCUGCAGCUGCUGCAGACGAAGGCGGUGGAGAUGGAGAUGGCGGUGGUGGCCUAGAUGGUGGUGGUGGUGGCGGUGGUGGCGGCUCGUUGUCGGACAUCGUGGUCAGCCAACUGUCCGACGAGCUGCACAAGACCCGGCAGCAGCUGCAGUCCUCCAGGAAUGACAACGUGGCGCUGUUUGAGAAGAUACGUUACUUGGAGCGCUACAACCAGCGCGCAGCGGCGGCGAGCCGUACGACUGUUGUACGGGUCGACGCCGCCGGCGUUGCCCAGCCGUCGCCUGAGGAGUUGGCGGCUGUCCGGGGCAGUCGAUAUCAGUGCGGUCCCUUCGCACUGGAGGUUGGAGCUCAACGAGGCGGAGGAGGGGGAGGAGCAGCUACGGUAGCAGGUGCUGGCGGCGGCGCCGGCGGCAUUGGCGGCGGCGGCUCCACGAGGUACAGCGGCGGCGCGGGCAUGCGGAGCCGCGGCGCACGCCGUGGCGGGGGCCCUCUGGCGUGUUUUGGAGACGGUGAUGACGUGGAGUCGUGCGGGGUUUCCUCCCCGGCUGAGUCGCGGGCUGCCCGGGCGUACGAGGCCCGAGUGAACCCCUUUGCGGAGUUCCAGCAGAGCGAGGUGGACAGCAGGAUGAGGAACCUGCAGGUCCACGACCGCGCGCUUCUGGUGGGCAGCCGGCUCCUGCUGGGCAGCCGAGUGGCCCGUAUGUUCCUGGCCAUCUACACGGUCAUGUUGCACUUCAUCAUCCUGCUGCUGUUCUUCUACGCCACGACGCCAUGUCCGGCGCAAGGAGGGGGAGCGGGAGGGGGAGAACAGCAGCAGCAGCAGCAGCUGGCUACUGCAGCCACGUUGGCGGCGGCAGCCGGCGGAGGCGGCGGGGGUGUGGUUGCGGCGGCAGCUGCUGCAGUGCUGCGAUAG